AUGUUCUGGAUCUCUAUAUUCCCAUUCUUCUCCUCAGGUCCAAGGCUUGACUUCCAUCUCACGCCCGAGUGGCCGAACUACGGGGAGUCCUACUGCCAUGUUGAGCCUGCUCGCUCCUUACCAGUUUACCAGUUGCGUUGGAGUUUACUUCAAUCCUACCAACCCUUGACGAAUGACCGAUUUUCGGCCAUUUUGAGACUUUCUUUUAGACCUGGCCUUUCUGGCCGUUCUGAUGGCUAUAAUGGCAUUCAAUCUUUAUCGACUUUAUUUUCUACUUCAAUAAUUGAUAGACUACCCGGUGAUCCUUCUGAGGAAGCAGGUUUAUCCUCCAGGUCUUCUCCGUAUCUGACUGUUGAUAAAACUAGCCGUCAAUUCUCAACAGGUGAUGUAUGA